AUGGAACAGCUACAGUCAAUUAAGGCCAAACUGAAUGGCUUAGACCACAGAUGUAAUGAAUUACGCCUUGCUAUUGAUGAAAUGCAGGCUUACAGCUAUCAGUAUAACAUCAAAAUCUUUGGCUUGCCUACUUUCGCGGAGAGAGAGAACUCAGAGUCGAGAGCUAAAUUAUGUAUACAGUUGUUUCACUCAAUGGGAGUGAAGGAUGUUUCUAUGCAAGAUAUCGACAUACCCCACCGCGUUCCUGCUCGUAAAGCUUCAAGUCGACCGAACCCUAUAAUUUGCAAGUAUGUUAGGAGACAAGUCAAAGAAAGAGUGAUGGCAGCACGGAAAGAGUUUCCAAAGUCACCCCGAUCAGUUGGGUUACGGCGUUGA